GAGAUAACACCUCCAAAUUAACAAUUCAUGCCGAUAUGUGGCCCCACACUGCCCCCUACUGGUGCCGUGGGGAGAGACACUUCACGUAUUUUAUUGAAAGAGUGGGACUAAUUAAAUCAGCGGAUUAAGGAGGAUAUUUGUGGCAGCUCCUAUAGGAGGUGCAUGCUAUUAAUAUGAUUAGGUUUUCCAUCGGGGGGGGUGAUGCUUUACAUCUGCUAAAGUGCAGCCAUUAGCCCCGCUCCUGCUGCGGUGCGACACAAAAGGCUGCACGGCGCGUGUCGACGCCUCCACACAUGCACACGAGCCUCCCUCCAUCAUCUCACCCAGCAGGCGCGACAGUAGGGCACGUGUUUGUUCACACCUCACACACAAAUGGCUGCACAGACGGAGAUACGGAGAUGCUGAAAGUGACCAUAUGGCUGGAGCUGCUGGAGUGUGACUUCGCACCUCAACACUGUGGCGCAUGGAGACACUUGGGGACGCGUCAAAGCGCAAUUUGGCACCGAUUGCCGGGAUCCUGAUAAAUAGGAGGUUCCUGUCUUCGGUCACACAUCCUCUGAGGACUUUACGCAGGACUGACCACUACAAGGAACCAUGGAGCCUAGCAAUACCAACAGUGGAUUAAUUUCUGUUUUGAAUGGAGACAGUGUUACGCAGCAGUCCGGCCCGAUGUGGAGACCGUGGACCGGAGAGGACAAAACUGCCGCGAACAAGGCUCAUUUUAUUCACGGAGACCUUUCUGUUGCAAACAACCCCAAAACUCCUCAGUUCAUCCACCCAGUGAAGUUGUUCUGGCCGAAAUCGAGAUGUUUCGAUUAUCUUUACCGGGACGCAGAAAUGCUGCUGCGCAACUAUCCGGUCCAAGCCACCAUCUGCAUGUAUCAGGACUCCAGCAGUGAUGAAGACAGCGAUGACGAAGAGGAGGAGAUGGAAAAGGAGCUGAACUAAAACGCGGCUCUCUGAAGCCUUUGAAGACGAGUUGUUGUUGCAUAAUGUGCUAAUAUAUUUCUCUUAACUUAUUUACUGUAAAUAUAUGUAAAUACAUCUUUUUUCAUUUCUAUACUGGAAUGUAAAAUUUAAGUUAUUCCUUUAAUAUUUCUACCUCUUUUGUAAUUUGCUGAAAAUAGCAAUAAAACACAUAUA